CAGAGAAGGGGAAGCGACGGCUCUCAGGUUGGGACAAUAUUAUCUGGAAGAUGAAGAAGAAACAGAACGCUUUCCGCCCCCCUUCCUCCUCACCUCUUUCAAUCGGAGGGAAGAAAUCCCAAGGUCUACAAAGCUAAAACCCAAUCUCAGAUAUACUACUAAUAGGCGCGGCGCUCGGACUAUAAAACACAACAAAUCAUAAACCCGGCGGAGCAGCAGCGGCCGAGCGCGCCUCCCCUCCCAAUGAGUUCCUAUUUCGUGAACUCCACCUUCCCCGUCACUCUGGCCAGCGGGCAGGAGUCCUUCCUGGGCCAGCUACCGCUCUACUCGUCCGGCUAUGCGGACCCGCUGAGGCACUACCCCGCGCCCUACGGGCCCGGGCCCGGCCAGGACAAGGGCUUUGCGGCUUCCUCCUACUACCCGCCCGCCGGCGGCGGCUACGGCCGAGCGGCGCCCUGCGACUACGGGCCGGCGCCGGCCUUCUACCGCGAGAAGGAGUCGGCCUGCGCGCUCUCAGGCGCGGAAGAGCCGCCCCGGUUCCACCCUGAGCCGCGGAAGUCCGACUGUGCGCAGGACAAGAGCGUGUUCGGCGAGGCCGAGGAGCAGAAGUGCUCCACCCCGGUCUACCCGUGGAUGCAGCGGAUGAAUUCGUGCAACAGUUCCUCCUUUGGGCCCAGUGGCCGGCGCGGCCGCCAGACCUACACGCGCUACCAGACCCUGGAGCUGGAGAAGGAGUUUCACUACAAUCGCUACCUGACACGGCGGCGGCGCAUCGAGAUCGCGCACGCCCUGUGCCUGACGGAGAGGCAGAUCAAGAUCUGGUUCCAGAACCGGCGCAUGAAGUGGAAAAAGGAGAGCAAACUGCUCAGCGCGUCUCAGCUCAGUGCCGAGGAGGAGGAAGAGAAGCCAGCCGAGUGAAGGCGCUGGAAAGGGAGGGGGGACGCGAAGGGAGCAGCGUGUGGGGAGCCGAGGGCAUCGGAGAGCCCUGAGAAGGCUCUGCGGGCGGGGAGCCCGGGGGACCUGCUCUCUAGCACCCGACAGGAGGGGCCCAGCGCUUUCCUGAAUGCCCCCGCCCGCAGAGCUCUCACUGGGUGCUGGGAGGCCUUGUCGCCUGAGCCCACCCAGCACCCGGGAGCGCCUCCUCCAUCCCUGCGGACCCGCUUCAACCCCAUCAUGCUCCUCUGUGAGAACUGAGGACCAGACUCACUUGAUGUUUCCUGGAAGCAGAGCAAUAUGCUCUUGUCCGUGUUGCGUCUCAUUUCGUCCAUGUUCCCUGUGCACGGUUCAAUGGUAGAUUCGCAGCCCCCUCAGCGGGGGGCCUCGAAGACUCCCUGACCCCAGACCUCUGUCCCACCCCCCCCCUAAAGCCACUGGAAGGAGCACAUACUACCUAGAAGUAAGAAGAGGAGCCUCAGAAGAAAACAAAGUUCUAUUUUAUUAAUUUUCUAUGUGUUGUGUUUGUAGUCUUGUCUUAGCUCUGGACAUGAAAUACUUCGGUAAUAAUAUUAAUAUUAUUAAUGAUAAUGAUGAUAAUAAUAAUAAUAAUAAAGAUGUAAAAACUC